AUGUCAAUGUGUGGAGUACUGUAUCAUUAUACAGUAAUGCAUUCCGAUCUGGUUACGGUAGAUCUCGAAAAUCCGAAAUAUCAUCGAAUCGAAGACUGCAACAUCACCGCAAUCGCGCUGAAUGACGUGGAUGCGGCAAAAAUUGCGCGAAUCCGCGCUGAACUCUCCGCCGCGUUUCCGCUUCCGCCUCGCGGACUCUUGACGCAAACCGCAAUCUGGUUGGACACGUUGCGACUCGUUGUGGCGGCGACGAAGGAUUUACGCGAUGAGUCGCCGCGACGUUGCGAUAUGUCGUGGCGCGGUGGCGAUGCGGUGCGACGCGCGUUUUUUGAGACGCGGUUGGAUGGAUUUUCGGGACCGGUUUUUUGGUCGAAUUCGGGGGAGAGAGCCAAUUAUUCACUGCAUAUUUAUAGGAGGAAGAAUUGUGAGUUUUUGGCGCCAAAAUUUGAUGUACAGUAUUCAAAAAAAAAAUUAUUGUAGGUAAAAUUUUCAAAUUUUUUUUCAGAAAACCUUUUUGAUAAACAUAUUAACGUUUUCCAAUUUUUUCAAAUUUCUGUUGAAAAAUGAUUGAAACGUACAUUUUCGGGGGCUAUUUUCUAGAACAAAAUUAUCAAAAACGUGAGCAUUAAAAAAAUAGUGAAGCCACGUGGCAUUAAGUACUGUAUGCACCUUUAACUCUGGAUAGUCUAGGCUGGAUUUCAAAGGGACAUACCGUAACCUGAUAGAAUCUAAAAGGCACAAAAUUAAGCCGGAAUUUGGAGUUUGAAAAUUUCUAAAUUUUGUAAUUUCCACGUGUCCUGCUGAAUUGAAUACUGUAUGUACCUUUAAACAUUUCUAACGGGAUUUUCAAAAAACAUUUUCAGAAUCUUGUUUCUGAAAAAAUUCUGCGCGCAAUUUUUUGAUCUACAGUAUCCUACAGUACCUUUUCAGCGCUUCGAAAAUUUGCCGAAUGGAAUAGUCGAACCCGCGAAAUCACAUCAGCUGAAGCCACAACCCACGUGGCAAAUCAGAGUCAAAAAUUGACGUUGGAGGGAAAACAUUUGAAGGUUACGGUGUAUUUGGUGAGUACUGUAGACCUACAGUAUCCCUACAGUAUUCUUUCAGGAAGCCCCAUUUGUUAUGCUAACCCCAAAUGGAACCUACGAUGGUUACUGUAUCGAUCUUCUGCACAAAAUCUCAAAAAUCCUCAAAUUCACUUUUACCAUCAGAAAAGUUCGUGACAAUGCUUAUGGCUCAAAAGAGCCGAAUGGAAAAUGGAAUGGAAUGGUUGGAGAACUACAAAGAGGGGUAAGACGGGAUUACUGUAGGUACAGUACCUCUACCGUACCCUUUCCAGGAUGCAGAUCUGGCUGUCGCAUCGCUGACAAUUUCCUAUAGUCGAAGUGAGGUUAUUGAUUUCACCGUACCCUACAUGCAUUUGGGAAUAUCGAUUCUUUUCAAGGUACACAGUACAGUACUCCUACAGUACUGUACUCCAAAUAUUUUUCUAGAAGCCAAGAAUGACCGAUUCGGAUUGGUUCAAGUUCAUGGAUCCGCUGAGCUACGAAGUCUGGCUGCUAACUUUCGGAUCUUACUGUAUUGUGUCGAUUGCGUUGUGGAUUAUUUCCAAGUGGGUUACUGUAGAGGGUACUGUAGAAAGGUUUCUGAUUUUUAAACGCUUUUCAAAUAUAAAAUUCGCUCCCCAUUUCUUCAAUCACGCGUGUACAAGUGGCUAACACACGCGCCUCACAAUCACACACGUUUUGCACCUCGGGUUCGAAUCCCGGUGCGCGCAAAACUUUUUUUUUGAUUUUCAAUCACUCAGAAUCAGUCCCUACGAACAAUUUCGUCUCGACGAAUCCACCGGUCAAUACGGCCCCGUCCCCAAUCAAUUCUCACUUCGCAACUCAUUCUGGUUCACCGUGUGCUCUUUGAUGCAACAAGGUUCGGAAUUGUGUCCGCGAGCUGUUUCGACGCGAUUUUUGACGGCCAUCUGGUGGUUCUUUGCGCUGAUUUUGAUCUCAUCUUAUACCGCAAAUUUGGCGGCGGUUAUGACGACUCGAAGAAUGGAAACACCGAUUGAGAAUGCGGAUGAUUUGGCGGCGCAGACGAAAAUCAAAUAUGGAACUUUGGGAAGAGGAUCGACGAUGUCGUUUUUUAAUGUUGGUUUGGGGGGGGGGGGUACUCUAUGUACCUUUAAAAAUAUCCAGAGACUUUUUAAAGGGCCAUACCGUAUCUUAAUGAUUUCUCAAGAAAGCAAAACUGAGCUGGAAUUUCUAUAGAUUGAAAAAACAAAUGGGCAGAGAUUUCAAAUUUCCACGUGGCAGGUCGAAUACUGUAUGUACCUAUAAAAAAUAUCCAGAGCCUUUUUAAAGGGACAUACCCUUGAUCUGAACCAAAAUUCUCAGAAUCUAAAAAAAAUUGGCUGAAAUUUUUCGUUUUUUUUUGCCACGUGGAAAUUAAAUAUGAAUAUUUUGACACGUGGAGUUUUUGACAAACAAAAAGUUGGGUACUGUAUGCACCUUUUAACAUUUCUAGCGCGAUUUUUAAAGACACAUACAGUACUCCUACAGUACUCAAUUUUUCCUUCAGGAAUCCAAGAUUGAGACCUACGAGAGGAUGUGGCAAUUGAUGUCAAGUCAACCAGCAUUAUUCGUGUCUAGUUCGAAAGAGGGAAUUGCGAGGGUCAAGGUACCUAGAUUACUGUAGCUACAGUACUCCUACAGUACCCUUCUAUUUUCAGAGCUCCGAUUACGCCUAUCUAAUGGAAUCCUCAAUGUUGGAGUAUGCAGUAGAGCGCGAUUGCGAACUGAUGCAAAUUGGCGGGCUUUUAGAUCAAAAAGGUUACGGUAUCGGAUUGCCGAAAGGAUCACCGUAUCGAGAAUUGAUAUCCACUGCUAUUUUGAGAUUGCAGGAGAAAACCGAGUUGACGGAACUCAAAGAGAAAUGGUGGAAAGAUAAAAGUAUUGUGUGUGAGCAGGCGAAGAGGAAGGAUGAUCAGGAUGAUGGAGAAUCGAUUGGCGGGAUUUUUAUCAUUCUGGUGGGUUACUGUAGCGAAAAGGGUACUAUAUUCUUUGCAGGUUGUUGGUUUGGUUCUAACUACUGUACUCAUAAUCUGGGAACUUCUUCUAACUCGUCAAUCAAUUCGUCGAACAACUCCACCAGAAGAAUGCGAUGUUCCAAUGCCUCCCGAAAUUUUUACGUUUCAAAUCAAUCCACAAUGUCCUUUUGAAUAA